GCCUAAGGAAUGUUCAAGCGUUGCUGCAACAACCUCCGAAGAGUAGAGGAGGCAUGUUGACAACUAUUGAUCACCUAAAGCGCCUCUGCAUCGACCACUAUUUCCAAGACGAAAUUGAUACCAUCAUGGGCUCAUGUGUGGAUCUCAUCCAUAGUGAUGAUCUGCUUGAUGCAACCCUUUCUUCGAGGAUGAUGAGGGAAGCUGGAUAUUAUUUUUCGGCAGACGAUGUUCUACGGAAGUUCAUGAACAAUAAUGGUGAUUUCAACAUCGGGCUUAGCAAUGACAUUAGAGGGCUACUGAGCUUGCAAGACAUGUCACACCUCAACAUGGGAGAAUCAUCACUCUACAAGGCAAAUGAAUUCUCAAGCAAGCACCUUAGAUUUGCAAUUAAGUAUAUGGAGCCGAACCUUGCAAGAUAUGUGAGCCAGUCACUAGACCAUCCCUAUCAUGUGAGCCUGAUGCAGUACAAGGCAAGGCACCAUCUGAGCUACCUCCAAAACUUGCCCACUAGGAACAUGGCAAUUGAGAAUCUAGCACUUGCAGAGUUUCAGAUUAAGAAGUUACAACAUCAGAGGGAAGGGCAGGAGGUUAAGAGGUAUAAACAUAAUAAACUAGUGUCCUUCCAUGAUUAAUUUUCUACAAGAUGGUCAAUAUGCGCAUCAUCUUGAUAAGAGCGUAAUGCUAGAACUAGUGGUCAAAUUUACUAGUUCAUAUUUUUUAUUGCUCAUGUAUUCCCAUGACU